UCUAAUCGUUUUGUCCCUACUCGUAUCGCUUGAUGUAUCCUUUUGAAAUUGAAGUUGUUUUAUUAAAUAAAUUUGGUGUAUAAUUUAUUAUCUUUUGGUUUCUAUAUUAUUUUCUUUUACAAUGCUUUCGAAUCUAGUAGUGACCAGCCAACGUUUCGUGGUUAUUAUAGAUGAAACUGGCUUGGAAAAAAUAUCACAUAAUAUAAUAUGCCAAUUCUUACGAGAACAAAAACACGAUGAAAAAUUAACUGUAAAAACAUUCUCUUUCAGUCCUGAACUGAGAAACUGGUCGAGUUUUAUUAAUUUUGUGGCGAAAUGUUCCCAGGAAGAAAAUAAAUGCAAUGUUUUGUUGCCUCCACUUUCUGAUCUACUCUGCUUGCAUGGUGUACAGAAAAUUAUACAAUUUAUUCAGAAGCUACGAAAAUGUGAGAAAGUGCACCGGAUCUUUCUAUGGAUAGCUCCUGCCAAUCUCGUGUAUCCACGUACAGCAUAUUUGAUAUCAGCAUUUGAAUACAUGGCUGACUUAAUACUACAUCUGCAGACCUCCAAUACUUUAACCAUUAUUGCUCGUAAAACUGGCGGUGGCGUCUCAAACAAAUUCUACACAUAUACUAAAACUAAAAACGAAUUUCUUGUUGAGGCAUUACAAAAUUGUUUCAGGAGCGCGCCAGUAAAAACUACAGCACCAAUAACGAACGCAAUUGGUGCUACCUUCAAAAUUGAACUUAAUGAAGAUGAAGUGGUAGCACGAAAUACGCUUAAAAUGCCUUAUGAGAAAACAUCUGAAACAAAAGUGAGUUCAAUUAUAUAUACUCCUGAAGCUUCUGAUGAUUACGACGAUGAAGAAGAAGAUCCGGAUGAUGAUCUAUGCAUAUAGUGUUCUUUAAAUAAAUAUUUUUCAAUAAAAGCCCAUCAACUUUUUGACCAGUU